CGUAUGGAUUAUCUUAGUAUAGUUAAACCUAUACUAGGCCAACCCAACCAUUGGAAAGGAAAACACUUGUCCAAGCAUUAAAGCAAUGGCCUGGUGGAAUUGGGUAAUCUUUGGAGUGAUGGCAUUUUUCCAUCUCCUUCACCGCCGGCUUACCCAGAAGAGAAAGUUGCCUCCAGGCCCGGCAGGGCUCCCAAUUAUUGGGCAUUUCCAUCUGCUGGGAAAGAACCCACACCGUGACUUGUGCCGUUUAGCCCGAAAACACGGCCCGAUCAUGUACAUCCGGCUCGGGAUGGUCCCGACCAUCGUCGUGUCAUCGCCUGCGGGAGCUGAGCUCUUCCUGAAGACAAAUGACACCAAUUUUGCGAGCAGGCCGCUGUGCCAGGCUGCAAAACACAUGGCCUACGACCAUCGAACUAUCGGAUUCGCACCGUAUGGCUGGCACUGGCGCAACAUGCGAAAGCUUUGUAUUUUGGAGUUGCUAAGCAAUUUCAAGAUCAGCCAAUUCCGGGGCAUGCGGAAAGCCGAGGUUGGGCGGCUCGUCGGAUCGCUCAAACAGGCCGCUGACGGGCGGGAAAUCGUGGAUCUGAGCUCCAGGGUUUUGGACCUGACCCGGGACAUGAUUUGCCUGAUGGUGUUCGGGAGGAAGUUGGUGGACGUGGAUGGAGGAGGAGACAUGAAAGGGUUUCGAGCUGCUUCCCUGGGGGCCACGGAGCUUGCGGGCCGUUUCCAUCUCGCAGACUAUUUCCCGUUUCUUGAAGUGGUGGAUGUUGAUCUGCAGGGAUUGACUCGCCGGAUGAAGGAUCUGAGUAGGGUCUUUGACGGAUUUAUGGAGAAAAUCAUCGAUGACCACAGGAGUCGGAGUACAGAGAGUAAGGGAGUGAAGAAGGCAGAUGAUGACUUUGUUGAUACAUUGAUGGCAAUUCUGGAGUCUGGAGACGCCGGCUACGGAUUUGAAUUUGAUCGUCUCCAUGUUAAGGCUGUGUUGUUGGAGAUGCUGCUAGUAGGAAUGGAUACCUCAGCAGUGGCCGUGGAUUGGGCAAUGGCGGAGCUGAUAAGGCACCCGCAGGUAAUGAAAAGGCUUCAGAAAGAAUUGGAAGCAGCCUUCGGAAUGGAGGAUGGGGUCGAUGAGGAAUCCCACGGCCAGCUGGACAAGCUCGAAUACCUGGAUAUGGUUGUGAAGGAAACCCUACGGCUCCAUCCAAUCGCACCAUUGCUGAUCCCGCACGAGUCCUUGGAGGAUUGCACUGUUGGCGGCUUCCACAUACCAAGAAAAUCUCGCAUUCUGGUGAACGCAUGGGCUAUAGGGAGAGACCCGAGUGUGUGGCAGGGGCAGGGGCAGGGAGGUGAUCCGGAGAUGUUUUGUCCGGAGAGGUUUGUGGGGAGUGACAUUGAUCUCAGGGGACGUCAUUUUGAGCUGAUACCCUUCGGAUCGGGGAGGAGGAGCUGCCCUGGGUUGCAACUAGGACUCACCCUGCUCAAGCUUGUGCUGGCGCAGUUGGUGCAUUGCUUUGAUUGGGAGCUCCCAACUCCAACUUCAAAUGCUGUCGACAUGUCCGAAUGUUUUGGCUUAGCGACUUCCAGAGCCAAGCCCCUAAUGGCCAUCCCCAAAUAUCGACUGACGACUGACUAAGUAAAAUGAAGUGGUGUGAACUAUCGUCUGCCUAUCCUUUAUG